UAUAUCAUAUACUACCAACUGAAAAUGACGAAUCUCCAGUUUCUAUUUGCUAGUUCAUUCCUAGCCAUUUUCAUUUUCACGGCGGUUUCCGGCUACUCUCCGGCCGAGAUAAAAUCUUGGUGUAGCCAAACUCCGUACCCACAACCAUGCGAGUACUACUUGUCUCGAAGUUACAAUAAUGGCGGGCAGAUUAAGGAUAAAUCGGAUUUCUUAAAAGUCGCCAAGAAUUUGGCGUUGCAAUAUGCCAAGAGCGCUAAAGAUAACACGUACUCGCUUGGCACAAAAUGCCGUAGCGGUCGUGAAAAGGCGGCGUGGGAGGAUUGUUUGGAGCUGUACGAGAAUAUGGUUCAGAAAAUCGACACCACCAUCGAUCCCAACGUUAAGUGUUCGUCGGCGGACGCACAGACGUGGCUCAGCACGGCUCUGACCAACCUCGAGACGUGUCGGGCCGGGUUCGUUGACCUCGGCGUCACCGGUAACAUUUUACCGGCGGUGACGUCAAAUAACGUGUCGUAUUUGAUCAGCAACAGUUUAGCCCUUAACAAAGGGUUCACUGCAACCAACAACGAGGCAACAGGAUACACUGAAGGUUUUCCUAAUUGGGUUAGACCCGGUGACCGAAAACUCUUGCAGUCGUCCGCGGCUUCUAAGGCUAAUAUUGUGGUGGCCCAGGAUGGGUCCGGGAACUAUAAGACGGUGACGGAAGCUGUGAAUGCUGCGGCAAAGAGAAGUGGGAGUGGGAGAUAUGUGAUAUAUGUGAAGUCAGGAGUGUACAAGGAAAACGUGAAUAUUGGUUCCGGCGUGAAGAAUAUCAUGUUGGUUGGUGACGGAAUUGGGAAGACAAUUAUCACCGGCAGCCAAAGCGUCGGAGGCGGCACCACCACCUUCAAAUCAGCCACUGUCGCUGUGGUUGGAGAUGGAUUUAUCGCUCAAGGCAUAACAUUCCGAAACACCGCCGGAGCAGCAAACCACCAGGCAGUGGCGCUCCGGUCCGGUUCCGAUCUCUCAGUGUUCUACCAAUGCAGCUUCGAGGGCUAUCAAGACACUCUCUACGUCUACUCCGACAGACAAUUCUACAGAGAAUGCGACAUCUACGGCACUGUAGACUUCAUCUUCGGUAACGCAGCCGUCGUCUUCCAAAACUGCAACAUUUAUGCCCGAAACCCACCAAACAAAACCAACACCAUCACCGCCCAAGGCCGGACCGACCCGAACCAGAACACCGGAAUAUCAAUCCACAACUGCAAAGUCACAGCCGCCUCGGACCUCAAAGGCUCUCUAGGCUCCGUCAAAACCUACUUGGGGCGGCCGUGGAAGGAAUAUUCUAGAACAGUCUUCAUGAAAUCGUCCCUCGAUAGCUUGAUCGAUCCGGCGGGUUGGUUGCCGUGGGAUGGGAGUUUCGCGCUAAAUACAUUGUACUACGGCGAGUACUCGAACACCGGAGCCGGGGCUUCCACGGCCAACCGGGUGAAAUGGGGCGGUUAUCAUGUGAUCACUAGUGCAACGGAGGCGUCAAAGUUCACCGUCGGAAAUUUCAUCGCCGGCGGCUCUUGGUUACCCGCCACAAAUGUGCCUUUCACUUCUGGCCUCUAAUUUGUUCAUUCAUCGCUAUAGUAGUGGAAUUGGGAUUAUUAUCAAUUAAAUUUAUAGAAUAAUGCUUUUAAAAUAAUAAUAAUAAUAAUAGUAUAUAAUUAAAAGGAAGCAUAUAUAUAUCAGAUUGUAUUGUAGUCAAUUAAAUUGACAUUGAUUGUAUUAUUAUAUUGUCCAUUGUCAUUCUAA